CUCUCCUCACAGGAAACCUCCCCUUGCUGAAGAAGGCUGCCCAGGGGAGCCCGGGUUCUGAGUUGAGCUGCAGCAAGGCAGCCAUCAUCAACAUGUCCAGCUCUGCUGGCUCCAUUGAAGAAGUCUUUGUGUGGGAUUAUGGGCAAUGUAUCGCAUACCGCUGCAGCAAGGCGGCUCUGAACAUGCUCACCAAGUGCCAGUCCUUGGGGUACCGGGAACAUGGCAUCCUCUGUGCUGCUCUCCACCCUGGAUGGGUGCAAACAGACAUGGGGAGCACAGCGGAACACAAGCCCCCACUGACAGUGGAUAUGAGCGUUCAAGGGAUGCUGAAUGUGCUCUCCACCCUGUCCGAGAAGGAUACCGGGACUUUCCUGGACUGGGAAGGGAAAGUAGUGUCCUGGUGAGACACCAGUCCAGCAUUGUGCCAGGAUCCUGGCAGCAGGUCCCUCUGCUGCUGCUGCAAUGCACUGUGUCCAUGUAAUCAAUAAACCUGUGUCUCUGAGCAGUAAG